GCAGAGCAUUCUGCGAGUGGAGCCGAAGCUAGAUCCGCGCUUUGUUCCGGUUGCUCCUAGGCCCUCCGGCGACUGGGUCCAUUCCUCGCCUCCCAGCUCUCUCCUCCUGCCCACCCCUUGCAUCUGGGCCUGCAUCCCCUUCCCCAACCGCUUCGUCCCCGAGCCUGCCUUCUUCCCUUUCCUAAACCUCUGGCUACCGCCUUUGCCUGGUACCCUUCUCUCCAUCCCUCCCUCCUACAUCAUCUUCCCUCCGGUCCCCUCUCGGGUCCCUCUUUUCGCUAGGUCCAGGUCGCUCCGCCCUGCCCCGCCCCUCCAGACCAGGGAUGUCCCCUGCAGCCCCGCGCCGAUGGUCCUGACGCUGCUCCUCUCUGCUUAUAAGCUGUGCCGCUUUUUCGCCAUGUCGGGCCCACCGCCCGGCGCCGAGCGGCUAGCGGUGCCGGCGUCGGACGUGGGCAGCGGCGCGGUCCCAUGGUGGGCCGCAGGCGGCCGCAGACCCCGCGAAGUGUCGCCUGGGGCUGGCACCGAGGUGCAGGGCGCCCUGGAGCGCGCGCUGCCAGAGCUGCAGCAGGCGCUUUCGGCGCUGAAGCAGGCGGGUGAUGCGCGGGCCAUGGGCGCCGGCCUGGCUGAGGUCUUCCAGCUGGUAGAGGAGGCCUGGCUGCUGCCGGCUGUGGGCCGCGAGGUAGCCCAGGGUCUGUGCGACACCAUCCGCCUGGACGGUGGUCUCGACCUGCUGCUGCGGCUGCUGCAGGCGACGGAGCUGGAGACACGAGUGCAGGCCGCGCGCCUGCUAGAGCAGAUCCUGGUGGCUGAAAACCGGGACCGGGUGGCGCGCAUUGGGCUGGGUGUCAUCCUGAACCUGGCAAAGGAACGCGAGCCGGUGGAGCUGGCUCGAAGCGUGGCGGGUAUCUUGGAGCACAUGUUCAAGCACUCGGAGGAGACAUGCCAGCGGCUGGUAGCGGCCGGCGGUCUGGACGCUGUGCUGUACUGGUGCCGCCGCACAGACCCGGGGCUGCUCCGCCACUGUGCGUUGGCGCUCGCCAACUGCGCGCUGCACGGGGGCCAGUCUGUGCAGCGGCGCAUGGUGGAGAAGCGCGCCGCGGAGUGGCUCUUCCCUCUCGCCUUCUCCAAAGAGGAUGAGCUGUUGCGGCUGCACGCCUGCCUCGCUGUAGCCGUGCUGGCCACCAACAAAGAGGUGGAGCGCGAGGUGGAGCGCUCUGGCACACUGGCGCUCGUGGAGCCGCUCGUGGCCUCGCUGGACCCCGGCCGCUUCGCCCGCUGCCUCGUGGACGCCAGUGACACAAGCCAGGGCCGCGGGCCCGACGACCUGCAGCGCCUCGUGCCUCUGCUGGACUCGUCGCGCUUGGAGGCACAGUGCAUCGGGGCUUUCUAUCUCUGUGCUGAAGCCGCCAUCAAGAGUCUGCAGGGAAAGACCAAGAUAUUCAGCGACAUCUGCGCCAUCCAGAGCUUGAAACGCCUGGUUUCCUACUCCACCAAUGGCACCACGUCAGCGCUGGCUAAGCGCGCGUUGCGCCUGCUGGGCGAGGAGGUGCCGCGGCCCAUCCUUCCCUGUGUGCCCAGCUGGAAGGAGGCCGAGGUCCAGACGUGGCUGCAGCAGAUCGGCUUCUCCCAGUACUGCGAGCGUUUCCGGGAGCAGCAGGUAGAUGGCGACCUGCUUCUGCGGCUCACAGAGGAAGAACUCCAGACAGACCUGGGCAUGAAAUCGGGCAUCACCCGCAAGAAAUUCUUUAGGGAGCUCACGGAGCUCAAGACCUUCGCCAACUACGCUACGUGCGACCGCAGCAACCUGGCUGACUGGCUGGGCAGUCUGGACCCGCGCUUCCGCCAGUACACGUAUGGCCUGGUCAGCUGCGGCCUGGACCGCUCCCUGCUGCACCGCGUGUCGGAGCAGCAGCUCCUGGAGGACUGUGGCAUCCGCCUCGGCGUGCACCGCGCCCGCAUCCUCACAGCCGCCAGAGAAAUGCUACACUCCCCACUGCCCUGCACUGGCGGCAAGCUGAGCGGGGACAUUCCGGAUGUCUUCAUCAGCUACCGGAGGAACUCAGGCUCCCAGCUGGCCAGCCUCCUGAAGGUGCACCUGCAGCUACAUGGCUUCAGUGUCUUCAUUGAUGUGGAGAAGUUGGAAGCAGGCAAGUUCGAGGACAAACUCAUCGAAAGUGUCAUGGGUGCUCGAAACUUUGUGCUGGUGCUGUCAGCAGGGGCACUGGACAAGUGCAUGCAGGACCAUGACUGCAAGGAUUGGGUGCACAAGGAGAUCGUGACUGCUUUGAGCUGCGGCAAGAACAUUGUGCCCGUCAUUGAUGGCUUCGAGUGGCCAGAGCCCCAGGCCCUGCCUGAAGAUAUGCAGGCUGUGCUUACCUUCAAUGGCAUCAAGUGGUCCCAUGAGUACCAGGAGGCCACCAUUGAGAAGAUCAUCCGUUUCCUGCAGGGCCGCUCCUCCCGGGACUCAUCUGCGGGCUCUGACACCAGUUUGGAGGGUGUUGCACCCAUGGGUCCAACUUAACCAGUCCCUAGUCCUCAAGCCCUGCUGUGGCCCCCACUUCCAUCGUCUUCCCCAAAGGAGCAGCUCCUCACACUGGCCUCUUUGGGCUGAGACAGCCUGGGUCCUUCUCAGGAAAUGACGUUCCCUCUCCCACAUGGGCCACCUCAAACCCAGCUUCAUCAGUAUCUGGAAAGGGAAGGGAAGCCAGGUAUUGAUGGUGGUAAGGGUUAGACCUCCCCUAAGCCCUGCUGCCAGGUUCUCUGUCUCAGGUGUGAGAGGGUCACUGCUCAGUCCUGGAGACACUGAAGAUGGAGGGUUUGCUACACACUACCUCCUCUCCUGCCUUGACAUUAGCCAGCUUGAGUAGCAGGGAGGCAGGCAGCCUCUGACGGGAGGUAGGACAAUGCCAGCCCUCUCAGCCAAGCAAGGGCCUGGGCCAACCGAGGAUGAGAAUCCAGUGAUAGCUAUCCACCUAGACUAUGCCUGGGCCCUGGGCUCACCACUUCCUGCCAUCCUGUGGCCUUGCCUUCUAACCACUCAGUGCCCUUAGGCCUGGCCUGAUCCCAAGUGCCCUCCUAGCCUUCCUGAGUUACAGCCUCUUUUGACACAUCCUGGGUCAGGGUCAGGCUGAGCCAGCCGUCACUCUGGCUGAUUUGCAGCUGCAGCCAGCUUUGAAGCACUCACUGGUACAUGGGAGCCCCCUGCUUGGGCCUGGCCUUAGGCCUGGGCAAGGGAGGCCAUGUCUCAAAGGGCAGCUAGCCACCCUACCCAUGCCUUGGUUCUGUGCUUCCAGAUCUUGCCUGGCCUGGCCCAGCUGACUUCCUCAGCCCUUCACCCACCCAAGGCUGCCCAGCCACUUGCUCAUGGGGAGGUGGGGCGAGGCAGCCCCUGUGACAGCGGCAGUAGCCUGGGCAGAACCUGCAGCUCCAUGGGAAGAGGCAAGGUCCUGAAUAAGGACAAGGGGUGUGUUCCAAUCACCUGAGAAUUUUGUUAAAAUUCCACCCAGGAGACCUGGGCAGACCCUGAGUUCCUGCAUUUCUGAUUCCCAGGUGAGCUGAUGCUGGUGGUCAAGGAAUGACACGUUAAGUAGCGAGUCUCUGAAACACAAAUCCCUUACAUAUCUUCACCAUUUCCCCGGCACCCCGCUCCAUGGUCUAUGUAAUCAUCAGAGCAACCCUACCCGGUAUCAUGUCCGUUUCACAGAGGAACUGAAUGAUGUGCCAAGUCAUGAGUGGCGGCCCAGGAUCCAGACAUGGCCUCCUGGUGCUCAGUCCACUGCUGGUGGGACUGCUCUCCUGAGAAUCAUCCAGGAGACUGCAUCGAAGGCUGGGCUGCUGCUCCACAGACAGCUGGCUUCUCACUAGCCCCAAAGAAUCUAGAAGCUGAGGAUAGGUUUUUGAUCCAAGGGAUAUACAGAAAUAAACGAGCAGGAACAUCCCUCUGCCCCUUCCUCCAGGAGGGUAGGUGAGCAAGAAAGUAUCCUCCCUUCCAAUAAAGCCAGACCCCCAGCUAAUGGGAUCAGCUGGAACCCCGCCAGCCCCCUCGCCCCACCUCUUCCCUCCUGAGGGCAGUGGGUUCAUACCUCAAGGCUAGCUCAGUUCCCAGAGUACCUCCUGCAGGUGCUGACCAGGUUACUCUUAGCUCUUAAGCCACAUGGUCAGGAAGUCAAAGGUCUCUCAUUCCAGGCUUGAGACUUCUUACUUCCAUUCCCCUCCCUGCCAAAGAUACUGUUUAGCUGGUCUUGACCCCAACUGUGGCUUUGACUGCACCUGAUCCUCCCUCCACCUGAGUGCCCACCAGUGCCAGGCUCUGGAUACAAUGGUGACUGAGGCAGACUGGACGCUGUCCUCACAAAACAGAGACAAUAACAAUACAGUGUGAUGAAUA